AUGUAUGUAUGUGUUGCUCCAGGAGAAGUGCAGCGAAAUCGCGGCGUAUGCCAGGCUGCCCGUGUAUUGAUGGUGCCGUUUCUUUGGGGCGUUGUUGUUGGAGCAGUUCUGGUACUUACGCUCAUCUACGUGCUGUUAUUCGAGCCGUUCGGCAGCGUCGGCACAAGUGCAGCGUCGUUCACCGAACAGUUUCAAGCGCUGCGUCUGCCAGAGGAACUGAGACGCUUUCUGGACAAGGAUGGUGCUGACGGCGGGGCUACCAGAUGGGAAUCGUGCUUUAUUUUUAGCCUCAUAUUGCAUUUCCUAUUCCAAGAGCAUAAAGAUACGAAACGAUUGCGGAGGUGGAUUCACAAAAAACUGCAGCUGGAACUCAGUGAUCUCACCACGCGCAAUGCAGCCGGUCGUCUUAUACAGGAUAUUCGUAUUCGGGACUUAUCAAUAGGCUCCAAAUCUCCGGUGAUUAACGCAAUGCGCGUAGAAAGUUUUCAGAUGUUUGAAGAUGGAGAAGGAUUUAAAACACUGAAUUUGUUAGCGGAUGUUGAUUACAGUGGUGGUUUUCAAACUUCCGUUGAUGUGAGCAUGCUUUUUGGGCGAUUUGCGCAGCUUUCAAUCAAGCUAACUCGGCUAUCUGGUAAAAUUCGAUUAAAGUUGACACGUGAACCGUUCACGCAUUGGGCCUUCGCAUUUGUUGAUAUGCCAGUUCUGGAUUUUCAGGUAAUUUUUUUUUCGGCGCUGUGGGGUACUGUUCUGGUUAUUAAUUGGAGCAAUUAG